GAGUUGCAGUGCAAAUCACCCAGAUUAUCACCAGUGCGAGGAAGUUUGCAGGGGCUUGAAGAUGUCCAGUGAGAAGGGAACGGAGGUGGUCGGCUGCGAUGCCUCCAUCAUGAAGAACGUCUGGGAGAUCCGAGUGCGAGAGUAUGGAAUGAAAUUGCAGCUGGAGCAGGACCGGAUAGAGAAAAGUUCUCUGCUCAUCAUUAACCAGGACUGGGAAAACCGUGUAGCUGCUAAAACUGGAGGACACAAAAGAAGAGAGAGGAAACCUAAACACCAAGCUGAGACUCAGCCCGACAACAAUGUCUGGAAAAGCAAGCCCCAGACCCCUCGCAUUGCUCCAGCUCGUACAACUGCAUCUCAUGGAGGUUCAGCUCCACUUGGUAGACCAGGAUUCCCAAGCAAAGGCUUCUCUGCUCCAACUCCAGCUUACAAAGACAAAAAAGGACAGGACAAGAGUCUCACCAGGCUGCAGUUCCUUAUGCACAUCACCCAAACUCAACCUUCAACUAUUGUGUGGGGGAAGGCAUGGAAGUAUAACAAGUCUUUACCACCUGCAGAGGGCUCCACGGCUGGCUCAGACUGGGGCCAAUGCUGGAUGUUUGCCACCCACCAGCCUCCAUCUGGAGAAGGCAAGCACUGGUCAAGUGAGCCUUACAUGAUGGAUCCUCAUAGCCUUCACUUCUGGAGAAAACUAGAAUACAGGAUGGUGAAAUCACAGCGGCUUGACUUCAGUCUUCCUGCUGAGGAAUGGCAGGUAUCAUGGCAAAGAGCUGACAAAAUGAAGGAAGAUGAUGUAACUAGAGAUGGUGGUCCCAAAGCUGGAUACUUCACCAAGCUGAUGGAAAGCCAGCGCCACAAUGAAUCCUUGUAUUCGUCAGAGUGGAGUGAUUCAUGGCAGUCUACCAAGCCUGCAAAUGAGCAGGAUCAUCAUAUUGUUUCAAAUGAAGGUUUAAUGAAUGAGUCCACGACUAACAAGCAAGGUAAUGAGGGAGAAAUGAGCUCUGAAUGGGAAGAAUGUUGGAAGCUCAUGAAUCACCAUGGUACCAAUGUUUUCAAGCCUUGGGCUCAGAAAGCUCUGGGUCCACGGUGGACCAGUUCCUGGAGAGCAGCUACUACUGGCUUCAACAAUCACAACAACUCUGAUUACAGCCAAGGCUCUGAUGAUCAGGGCAAGCAGAUAGAGUCCCAUUUCAACAAUGUCAUCAAUGUACCUUGUUCACACAACUAUAAAAAUUUACACCAGAACUUCUGUAAAGAAUCUGAGUCUCCCAAUGAGUGGAACAAAUCAUGGCAAAUAACAAAAACCAAUUCAAAACCAAGUGAAGAAAUAGAUAAAGUCCUGAAGGCCCCACCACCAAAGAUAGACACUGCUGGAGCUCAAAGCACAGACAAAGCCCUGAAGGAAGAUGUCUCAAUGCCACCAGAUCCACGCUAUGAGCAACUGAAACAUGGUGUGAUGCAUCAAUCAAAGAGCGAAUUCCCCCAGUCAAAGUUACUUCUCUUGCAACAGCUGCAAAAAUUGGUACCUUUGUCAGACUGGAAGGAGUCCUGGAAGAUGAUAAAACAUAGAAUGAGAACAGAGAGGAGAAAAAUGAAGGCUGAUCCACUGAAGAUCUUUGGAGAGUCAGAGAAGGGAAGAGACAAAAAGCCCACUCUUUCAGAGUGGAAAGAUUCAUGGAAAUACACCUGUAAGCCCUUGCAUCAGGAGCCAGAGCGAUGGCAGCAGGGUUGGUCCACCACAAACCAAAUCCGGGUGAACUGGGAGAGGCACCAGAAUGAGUUUGCACCUGUAGAAUUCCCUAAAAAUGGACCUACUGGGGAAAGGAUUUGGGGAGAAUCAUGGAAGUUCACAAGGCGCCAGCACCGAUCAGAGCCUGGACAAAGAAAGGGGCAAACCAGCGAUGGGAAGUCAAAUGUGCAUUCCCAUCAUCCUUAUGACUCACAGGAAGAAGUAAAACAUACUAGGGCUAUUUCUGACUGGCAACAAGCCUGGAUGGUCUCAGAAACUCAGUUCCGUCAUGACAAACCCUCACUUAGUCAGUGGAGAGAAGCCUGGAAAUGGUCCAUCUAUCACACACUACCCUGGACUGAACUGGCACCCAGAGACCAGUGGGUUGAUGAACUGGCAGAGAUCCAGCACUGCAAGAAGGUGAUUUUUGUGGAGAGAGCCAAAGCUAAAAUGAGCCGCUCCAUUGACAAAAAGAUGUUUAGAGAACGAUACCCUGAGAAGGAGUGGAGCUCUUCAUGGAACGCUGAGUCAGUUCUCCAGCACCAACCAAGUUAUUAUGGAUCUUCAGGAGUGUCUGGCCAAGGUGCAAGCAACCGCUCGAAACAGCAGCAGCAUCCCCUUGCAAGUGAGCAUGGAUCUGUGUGGGGAAGGUCAUUCAGGUUUGCCAACCCCAUGCCCAAACUGAACCAGCCCUGGCUGAAAUCCUGCCCUAACCCUGCUUACUACUUAGUUAUAUGGUCAAGAGGAACGAAGACACAAGAUAUUAAAUCCAACUUAAGCAGCAGCACUGCCAAUUUUAAGAUUUGGUCAAACUCCUAUCAGUUCCUGCAGGGUGCCAAUGGACAGACCAAAGGCAAAAGAAAGUCUGCGGUGCCCAGUGACCCUAGGGAGAUUUUCACAAAAAUGACCAGAGCAAGGAAGCCUUUGUACUCCAACUUGGAGAAGGAGAUGGACAAGCAAUUAGACAAAAAGUGGGCUGGAUGCCAUCUCUGGGGUAAAGCCCAACCACGUCCCAAGAAGUGCCGGGGUUUGGCCAAGAAGCUUAAGCCUGAGGACAAAGACAAAGACAAGUUCUUUGAAAAAUGGAUAGAAUCUUGGAAGUUCUUGGUCAGGCCUGAAAAUCUGAACAAGCGGAUGUCCUUCAAGCCACUCUCAGGUUGGGAUGAAUCAUGGACGUUUCUCUUUCAGUCAUACGUGCCAAUGCUCGACCCCAGAGGCAAAUAGAAGUCAUUGCUAAGGCCCUUUCAGCUCAGUCCAGACAUUCUCUCCAGAGUUACCUAAGCACCUAAAAAAGAUUCAAACUAAGCAUAUGCAAACCUUAGCAAUAAAUAAAAACCUUAAUGAUUUGCUACUUGCUUUGUUUCUUUAUUUUCUGCUAGCUGAGAAUGUGUUUCUGAUGGUUAGGCAACGAAUACACGGAGAAACUAACAUUAGCCUUGCAAAGUCCUUUUCAGACUAUUAAUGUUUAAACAUCUCAGAAAUCCAGUUCUAUUUACAAGUAUGGAUCUAAUUUUCCAUAGUUUUUUUUAAUUAAGCACAACUCAUGCUUACUUCACCUGAUCAUCUAAAUUUUCUAAGUUUGAGGUUUCAAAGAUCUACAGCGUAGCUACAGCCCACAUUUCUGCUCACUGUUAUAUUCAAAUAAUAACAAAUGCUUAACUUCUGUGGUGGUCCUGCGAUGGACUGGAGACCUGUCCAGGUGUACCUGCUUCUCACCUGCUGGGCUCCAGCUUCCCCGCAACCUGAACUGGACUCAGCCAUACAGAAAAUGGAUGAAUGGAACAAAUACUCAAGAUGUAAGGAAAAGCGAAAGAUAUUACUGUGUAGAAGGGAACGUGUAAGUGGAAAUGUGACAAUAGGACGUUUCGAGGUGGAGGACAGAUGAAUGGAGGCACUUUGUGCUACCUGAUGCUGAAAGUGAAUGUAAUGUCAUUAUUUUAUCAUUUAAGGAGUAAAAGCAACAUAUUUGUAUGUGUCUUUCUAUAAAGUUUCACACAAACACAAUUAUUACAGAUUUACUAAAUUACUGUGACUGAAGUAUAGAAGUCUAAGCAGAAUGCAACGGUUCUAAAGUCUGGUUCACACUGACACUGAGGGGAUGGUUUUCCUUUUUUUCCAUACGUUUUAAGCUAAGUCAGAGGUUUAAGGCCCAAUGUUAUGUGGAUCAGGAAGAAGAGAGAUUUUAAAUAACGUGUUUAACUUAUAAUUGAUCCAAACAUCCAUGUGCAUCCAAACCAGACUUCACAUGAACAUCAGCCUUCUUCAUAAUCUAACUCCAGAUCAAUCAAUCAAAAAGAUGGAACUAAAUCUAGU